AUGGUGCCGACCCGCCGACCCAUCCUAUGUCUUAUAGGUGGCAUCUCGCAAGAUUUUUUUAUCGUCUACAUGGACCACAACCCCGGUGCGGCGCUCGACGAAAUUGACCUAAACACGCUCAGGGAUCCUGCCGGAAUUUUCGAGCUGAUUGAGGUUGUCGGUAAUGGAACCUAUGGUCAAGUUUACAAGGUACGUUCUAUCCGUAUCGACAGCUCCAGCGCAAGUUUUGAAAGCUUUUCUUGA